CGGAAACAAGAUGCUGAGCGAGAAAGAGAGAAGGAGCGAGAGAGGAGGGAGAAGGAGCGGCGCGAGCACGAACGCCGGGAGCAGGAGCGCGAGCGAGAGAGGAUGAUCCACCACCACCAGCAGCACCAGCAGCAGCAGCAGCACCUGCAGGCGCAGCACGCGCAGCACCAACACCAGCAGCACCUGCAGGCGCAGGCCCAGGCGCAGGCCCAGGCCCAGGCCCAGCACCAGCACCAGGCGCGGCUGGCGGCGGAGAGCAAGGGCCGCGACCGGUCGCCCAUCCGCAACGGCACGCCCACCGAGCCCGCGGACCGCAAGGACAUCAAGGAGGAGGAGCUGGCCAUGCUGUCGCGGGCGGGCGGCGUGGGCGGCGUGCAACCCUACUUCCUGUCGCGGCUGCCCAUGCUGGACCCGUCGCGACGCUCGCUGCCCCCGCACCCCGGCGCCUACGCGCACCCCGGCGGCAUGUGGCCGGGGCCCGACCCCUACCGGGAGGCCUACAGCAGGUUCGACCCGAUGCGCGGCCUGCAGUACCCCAUGGCGGCCAUGUCGGCGGCCGCCGCCAUGCAGGAGGAGGAGCAGCGCGCUAAGCUGUACGGCCAGUACCGCGGCGGCGUGGGCGUGGCCGGGCCCGACCCCAUGGCGCACCUCCGCGCCAAGGACCCCAGCCCCCCCGGCCCCAUGCUCAACAACCACCAGUUCCACCACAGGCCGUCGCUGCCGGGGCUGCCGCCAGGAAUUGCCCAAGAUUACUUUAUCAUGUUAUGUUUUGGGUUAAGGCUGUAUAAGUGUUGUUAUUUGUAUUAUGUCUAG